GGUGUGGGCCUUGAAAGUUCACUCUCUCACACUCCACACAAACCCAAGGUGUUUUUUUUUAUUCCCCCCUCCUCUUUAACACAACCCACACAUAAACACCUCUUUCACACCUCCUUCUGUUUCUCCUCUUUCUCCCAGGCCAGCUUGCCUUCCAUCCAAGAGGCCAUAGAGCAGCAGCGUGCUAGAGUGGCCUCCCAGGACCCCGACGUGGACAGCAAGGCCGGGAGUGAGCCGGCCGAUCCCGCCAACCCCGAGUGCCCUCUGCGCAUGCCUGAGGGCCUCCAGUUCAUCCUGAGACCCCUGAACAGCCGCUUCUGCGACCGAAUCUGGCGGUGGCAGCGUCCGGCCGUCGCCAAACCCUUCCUGGUCCAACCGUGUUUGACCCCGGCCGGGACAGGCAGCUUCCUGAAAAUGAGCGCCAAGCAACCUCUGCCUGCCGCAGCGGCGGCCUCGGGCAAAUUGGCUCAUGUCUCCCCCUUGCCGCAGCCCUCCUCGCUGGUCCAGCCGUUGUCGGCCGUGCCCCACCUGAACCUGCCCACCUCCGCCCUGGGCCACGGGCCACCUUUCGCGCUGCGAGGCGUCCUCUCCGCUCGGCCGGCGGGACCCCGUCCGUGUUUGGCCCCCGCGGUGUCCCCCAACGUGGUCUCUUCCCUGCCGGUCGCUUUCCAGCCCAAAAUGAUCCUCCCGGCUCUCCCCGCCAGCCGCGUCCAGAAGGUUCCUGUCCCAAGGGAGUCCCAGAAAAAGAAGACGCCCAAAGUGGCUCCGUUGCUGAAGGCCGCCCCAGUGCUUCAUCCAGCCCCGGUCAUCUUCACCGUUCCCGCCGGGACAGUCAAAGUCUUGGGCCUCGCCAACGGCUGCAACGUGCUCCAGCCUCUUUCCGCCACAGCCCGGGCGGUCUCGGCGCCUCAGUCCAUCCCCAUCACCACCCUGCUGGUAAACCCCACGCCUUUCUCUUGCCCGCUCAACCAGCCCGUGGCAGCUUCUUCUCCCUCUGCCCUUCCCUUGGUGGUCACCUCCAAUUCAGGCCCUCCCCCGGCGUCCGCGCUGACCAAAGACGCGGAGAGGUGUCCUCCGCCGGCCAGCAAAAUGGCACCCGGUGGGGAUAUUCCAGACCCUGGCGAGUCCAGCCCCAAAACGGUCCCAGGAGAAGCCGGUGGCCCGUGGUCCGCCGAGCUUCCCUCUGGGGUCCAGGCAGAACUUCCUGUCCAGAGUUACGUGGAGGGGGGAGAGGUUUUGGGCCCUGCUCCCUUCUCCCCCGUGGCGGAGUUAGAAGACUUGGUCAAGGUGGACUCGGACGCCUCGAAGGAAAUAAUACCCUCUCCAGAAGCCGCCCCCAUCCCGCCAAAUCCAUCUUCGGAAGGCUCCCCGAUGAAAAGCGAGCUGGUUUUGGGCCUCGGGCAGGGCCUGGAGGUUGAGCCGGCCUCGGGGGUCAGGAAGGCGCUGAAGGAAGGGCAGAGCCAAGUGGGCUGCCAGGAGGAGGAGCAGGAGGAGGAAGAGGAGGAGCAGGAGGCCCCCAACUCAACCGGGCCACAAGCCGCCGAAGGAGGAAGUCGUCACGCUUCCCCUGCCCACGCCGUCGGCAGCGCCGUGGCGGAUCCCGCCAGCUCCUCGGGAAAAAGGGAGGAAGUGGGGAACCGCCCCGAAGGGACGGCGUCGUCCGGCCAGGAGGGAGGAGGCGAGAAAGAUAGUCUGGAGGAAGAGGAAGAGGAGGAUUUUGACGAUUAUAUCCAGGAUGAGGAAGACGAGAUGUCUUCGGCUUCGGAGGAAUCAGUGCUCUCGGUGCCAGAACUUCAGGAAACCAUGGAAAAGCUGACCUGGUUGGCCUCCGAGAGGCGGCUGAGCCAGGAAGGAGAUUCGGAGGAGGAGAACUCGCAGGAAGAGAACUCGGAGCCGGAGGAGGAAGAGGAGGAGGAGGAAGAAGGGGAACCUCUGGAGACCCAACAGAAGGAGGACGAAAUGGCCAACGAGGUGGCGGGCCCGGGAGACGGGCCGGCCGCCUCUCUCGCCUCAACCUGCACCCCGCCGACAGUGGAGGCCAGCAGCAGCCCUCCAGGAGAGAACCCCAAGGCUGCCACCAAGAGCCGGGCAUCCCAGCGAGCCCGGGCCAAGAGGGGGCGGGGCCGCACCAGCAAAGACGCCUCCAAGCUCCUCCUCCUUUAUGAUGACGACAUCCUGGAGAGAGAUCCGCUGCGCGAGCAGAAGGACUUCGCUUUCGCCCAGGCUUACCUGAACAGGGUACGCGAAGCCCUCCGCCUCGUUCCAGGCAAAUACGAAGAAUUUCUCCGCAACAUUUACGAGUUUGAGAACAACCUGCAGAAGCAGACGGCCGUCGAUCUCUACGCCCGGCUCCGGAUCCUCCUUCAGGACUGGCCUCAACUCUUGACCGACUUCGCGGCCUUUCUGCUGCCCGAGCAAGCGCUGGAGUGCGGACUGUUUGAGGAACAGCAGGCCUUUGAGAAGAGCCGGACGUUCCUUCGGCGGUUGGAGAUCUGCUUUGCUGAGAACCCAUCCCACCAUCAGAAGAUCAUCAAGGUGCUGCAGAACUGCACGGACUCUGUACCCCAAGAGAUCAUGGAACUGAAGACUCAAGUGGGGCAGCUGCUGAAAGGGCACGAACACCUCCAGGACGAAUUCUCCAUCUUCUUCGAUCACCUGCGUCCCUCGGCCAGCCGCCUGGGGGACUUCGAAGAAAUCCAUUGGACGGAGGAGAAAGAAUAUGAGUUUGAUGGGUUCGAGGAAGUCUCACUGCCCGACAUGGAGGAGGAGGAGGAGCCCCCCAAAAUCCACGCUGCCUCGAAGAACAAGAGGCGGAAGGAGCUGGGGAGCCAGAAUGCUGAGAAGGUGAAAAUCCAGCCCCGUUUUUUUUU